UAUAUUUUUCACUAUUGGUUUUGAUAGAUAUGCAUGAUUUACUUUUACUAUAAAAUUGGUGAAAUAACAAAUAAUAUCCUUUUCCUUUUUUUUGUUGGUGAUUUAACCAUAGACAACGAAAUCUUUAUUUCAACUUCAUUAUUUCCCCUCUAUGACCUCAACUGAUCUUGAGCUAUAAUUUAUACAAGCUUAUACUUCUAAUAUUAUUGGGCUUUAAAUAUUCUUUAGAAAUUAUACCAGUUGUACCAUAUUCUUUGUGUGAGCGUGUGCACUCUGUUCACACAAAUGGGUGGCUUGAAACGUGAUUAUCUAUUAAAGGAUUAAACACUAACUCUCAGCAUAUAGGCCUAAUAAAGUAAGGUAUUGAUCUGUACCAGUUGAUAAUUCUGUUACGCGGACUUCGCACUAAGCCAUAUAGUUGUCGUGUUGAUUGACAAUGUGACAGACAUGGGUACGUGAAAAACUAGGGGCAUUGUUGUGAGCUUUUUGUUUACAGUUGAAAUCCUUAUUUAGAAAUCUAUUUUUUCUUGGAUAAAUGCUACGUGAUGCUUCUCUUUUUCUAAUAAUAAUCACAUAAAACAUCCCAGAGUUUGACAUUGGUUUCAAAUUAAACUUUGAAAUUUCAAUUGCAUUAAUCUCAACCUGAUGGUUUUAAUUGCAAUUUGAAUACCCUGUAAGUCUCCUUGAACUAAAAAUAACAAAAACCCAAUUCAACUAUACUUAUUUCCUAUCUGAACACCUUUCACAUGAAUCCCAGACUGUAUUUUGGCACCAAAAAAGACUACAAAAUGACUUAAAAACUCAAACAGAAAAAUACAUUUUAUUGAAGAUCUAUCAUUUCAUGAUUAUUAUUUGGGGGGGGGGGGGGGGGGGGGGGGGUGUGGGGCACUAUGUUUGAGUACUACUAUAUGAUCCAUUGACAAGAGAUACAAUUCCCCGUUUCAACAUGCAAACAGGGCAUUGGGCAUGGCAGCUUGCCAAAAUGUGGACACAAAUCCGAUUAUGUUUGUGCAAUUUUGAAAAUUGACCAUAUUAUAGAUGCAUGCAGAAGUACCUUUAGAGAGUAAAGAAAGGAUUUGAAGUGCUGCACUUGUACUUCUGCACAGUUUUAAUAUAUACAGAUUUAUACCUGUGAAAGUUUUUGAAUAGAUAUUAGGGUGAUCAUGACUGCGUUGUCAACAUGUGCUUGACAUACCAUCAUUGGGUUGAAGAUUCUUCAAAAUGGACAGGAUGUUCUAGAUCAAUUCAAACAGGAUUUGUCCAACAGUUGUUUUAUAAUUAUGUCAAACUUUUAAAGAUAUCCUUCUAGAGAAGAUGCCCCUAGUGGCAACUGAGAUCAUUUAGAUGCUUCAUUGGGAUUUUCAUUCUAAGUCUUCUCCAAAGAUAGUUGAAGAAGCUGGUGGCACAGUUACUUGCAUGGAUGGUGGAAAGUUCUGUGUGUUUGAUAGAUCUAUUUUAGUAUCCAACGGUGCACUGCAUGAAAAGCUUUUGGAGAGAAUUGGACCUGCAACAGAGAAAUUGAAGAGCAAAGGAACUGAUUUCUCAUUGUGGUACAAGCCUGAAAGUUUGCGUGCUAAAUUAGGUCGUCUAAAUUAGAUUGAGAUGGUUGUUGCUGUCCUAUCUUUGCGUGCUAAAUUAAGAAAGCUGGUGUGACUGUUUGUGAUUGGAAGGGAAAACUUAUUAAAGCUUGGGUCAAGCAAAUCACUUCAUGCCCUGUUGCUACCGUAUAAGCCUUUGUUGUAUGCUUAGGAGUGCAAUUUAGUUAGGAAAGAUAGUAGUGGAAGGAACCCUCCACAUUGUUAAUAAAAUUUUGGCUAGUAUAUUGACUGGCUUUUGGUCCAGCUUCAAAGUUCAGAGGAUUUCUUUUUAAUAGGAAGAUUGACUCUGUCACUACGACACAAGGAAAAGAUAGGCUUACAUCAAUUAGGCUACCGUAUCUUGAGUUGGCCCAUAUUUUGGGUUUCCUUUAGCCACUUAUUUAUUAUGUUAAUAUGUAAGUAAAUUGGAAUGAGAGGUUCAUAAAGUUAAUAAUAUAUAUAUUCAUGAAAAAAAAAGGUUUAUGUA